AUAGGACUUCGAGACACAGGAGUGGUACGGAAAAUCCCUCUGAGCCAGGCUACGACCGCUGCUGCCGCCGUCUAACCUCAAGAUGGCCCCCUUUGAGUGGCGAGUCGUGGUCAUCCUGCUGGUGAAAACAGCCCUGGCCCGCUGCGAGCAUCAGUACAGGCCAAAGCCCGACCACAAGUCAGUCUCCGUCGUAGACCUUGUCGAGAGCAAAAACACGCGGUACGACCCGUCGCCAGCCGACCUGGACAUCGGGAGACUGAUGAUGAAGCUCGGACGCUUCCUGGACACGCAGUACAUGGGCAUCGAGCAGCCGCCUGCCGCCGGCGACGUCAACCACACCACCUGGAAGCUGCCAUUCAAGGUGAAGCCGAACGGCCGGCUGAAGCUGACCUCCCGGCUGCCGGCCAGCCUGCGCCGUCUCCGCCUCGACAGGCUGUCGCUUCCCAACGGCACCACGCGGCGGGUCCGGCUGUCGCGGCGCGUGCAGCGCAAGAUGCUCAAGUACCUGCACGUGUACACGCACUGUGCUGUGCGCCACCGGUGGAAGGACCUGGGCGUGCGCUUCUGGCCGCGCUGGGUGCGCACGGGCCUGUGCGACACGGCCCGCUCCUGCUCCGUGACGGUGCUGCACAUCUGCGAGGAGGGCCUGCGCCUGGCCGAGGAGGCCACCAUGCGAGAGGGACGCCCCAUCCGCUCGUGGACGCUGCUGGCUGACCUAGAUGGCCUGAACAUGCGCCACCUCUGGCGGCCCGGCAUCAAGGCGCUGCUCCGCAUCAUUGAGAUCAUGGAGGCCAACUACCCGGAGACGAUGGGCCGCGUGCUGAUCAUCCGAGCGCCGCGCGUCUUCCCCAUCCUCUGGACGCUCGUCUCCACCUUCAUCGACGAGAAGACGCGCGAGAAGUUCCUCUUCUGCGACGACGACUACCAGCACGGCCUCAAGUUCUACAUUCCCGAGGAGCACAUACCGGAGUUUUUGGGCGGCAUGGCACAGUGUGUCAUCAGUGAGGGCGGCCUCAUCCCCAAGACCAUGUACAUGCCGAUCGAGGACAUGGAGAACCAGAAGGGAGAGCUGUGCGGCGGCAUGGACUCCAUCUACCACUGCGUCAGCCUCACCCGCGGCCAGGUGCAUGAGGUGCUGAUCCUGAACAGCGACCGCGGCUCGGUCAUCUGCUGGGACUUCGACAUCAUGAAGUCGGAUGUGGCGUUCUCGGUGCUCCGCACCAAGGUGCCCAUCACCAACAAAGAGCUGGCUCAGCCGCACUCAGGUGCGCUGCAGGUCUCGGGGAAACACUGA